AUGAAGCUUUUCGCGUUGAUCUUCGCCCUCGUUUGCGUGUUCACCUUCAAUGAAGCCGCAGUGGCGAGGAUGAAAGUCAAGGUUCGUUAUUUGUGGAAAUAGUUUUCGAAAAAUCUACCUAAAUAUGACCUUUUCAACUGAAAAUCAUAGUAAAAAAAUCUCGAGAAAGGCCUUCUUGAGGCGUUCUGAUGAAUGUCUAUCGUUUCAAGCAAAAAGCAACUUUUGGAGAUUUUUUUCCUUGCCUAUUGGAGGGCACUUAUCAACAAAAAAUGAUGAAAAUCUCUUUACUGAUAAUAUGAGAAAUUUAAAAAAUAUUGAACUUGCAGAAAGGCGACGACGCCGAGAUCGUCUUGGCGAGCAAUGUCCAACUCUACGAGCGUUUCGUCCAGGGAGGAAGGCAGUUCUACCAGAACUGCCUCUAUGGCGUGUUCAAGCCGUGCGGAGUCUGGCUCAAUGACGUGAGAACGAGCAUUCUUUCUGAAAUAUACCUUGAAAUCAUCAAGAUUUUUUUCUAUUAAUUAUAAAAAGCGAGAUCCAAAAAACAGUUUUGGUUUAUUACAAUACCAGCUGAUGCCUUUGUAACAGCAUAAUUCAAUCAUUUCCAUUUCCUGUUUCAUUUGAAAUUUUCAGCGCGACCGUGUCGUUUCCCAAAAAGGAUCGACCUCUGUCCGAGGAGAUGCUCUGAUCAUCCACAACUUCAGCGAGAAAGACGUCGGAUAUUACAGGAUCGCCGGCGACCGACAAAACGAAAUCCACGUUGGACUUUCUGAGUAA